AUGUCAAUUUCCAAAGUAUUUGCUAGAUCAGUUUACGAUUCCCGUGGUAACCCAACCGUUGAAGUCGAUUUAACCACUUCAAAAGGUUUAUUCAGAGCUAUCGUUCCAUCAGGUGCUUCAACUGGUAUUCACGAAGCUUUAGAAUUAAGAGAUGGUGAUAAAUCAAAAUGGUUAGGUAAAGGUGUCUUAAAAGCCGUUGCCAAUGUCAAUGAUAUCAUUGCUCCAAAAUUAGUUGAAGCUAACAUUGAUGUCACUGAUCAAGAAAAAGUUGAUGAAUUCUUAAACUCAUUAGAUGGUACUCCAAACAAAUCUAAAUUAGGUGCCAAUGCUAUCUUAGGUGUUUCAUUAGCUGCUGCUAAAGCCGGUGCUGCUGAAAAAAACGUUCCAUUAUAUCAACAUUUAGCUGAUAUCUCUGGUGCUAAACAAGAUCCUUACGUUUUACCAGUUCCUUUCCAAAAUGUCUUAAAUGGUGGUUCUCACGCUGGUGGUGCUUUAGCUUUCCAAGAAUUUAUGAUUGUUCCAACUGAUGCUCCAACUUUCUCUGAAGGUUUAAGAAUUGGUUCAGAAGUUUACCACAACUUGAAAUCUUUAGCUAAAAAGAGAUAUGGUCAAAGUGCUGGUAACGUUGGUGACGAAGGUGGUGUUGCUCCAGAUGUUAACUCCCCAAGAGAAGCUUUAGAUUUAAUCAUGGAUGCUAUUAAACAAGCUGGUUACGAAGGUAAAGUUGGUAUUGCUUUAGAUGUUGCUUCAUCUGAAUUCUACAAAGAUGGUUUCUAUGAUUUAGAUUUCAAAAACCCAGAAUCCGACAAAUCUAAAUGGCUAACUGGUGAACAAUUAGCUUCAUUAUACGAAGAAUUAAUUGCUGAAUACCCAAUUGUUUCUAUUGAAGAUCCAUUCGCUGAAGAUGAUUGGGAUGCUUGGGUCCACUUCUUCUCAAAAGUUGGUGGUAAAGUCCAAAUUGUUGGUGAUGAUUUAACUGUUACUAACCCAUUAAGAAUUAAAACCGCUAUUGAAAAGAAAGCUGCUGAUGCUUUAUUAUUAAAAGUUAACCAAAUUGGUUCAUUAACUGAAUCAAUCAAAGCUGCUAACGAUUCUUACAAAGCUGGUUGGGGUGUUAUGGUUUCCCACAGAUCUGGUGAAACUGAAGAUACCACUAUUGCUGAUUUAUCAGUUGGUUUAAGAGCUGGUCAAAUUAAAACCGGUGCUCCAGCUAGAUCUGAAAGAUUAGCUAAAUUAAAUCAAAUCUUAAGAAUUGAAGAAGAAUUAGGUGAUAAAGCUGUUUACGCCGGUAAAAACUUCCACAUUGCUUCAACUUUAUAG